UGACCAAGCUUUCUCCACAUGCUAAAGUCUCCUGCGAAAAAGCACUCCACUACCUCCAAGUUCUAAGCUUUUCUCUCAUUUGCCUCUCUCCCACCAUCUUUCUCAUUUUGAUUCUCUAACUCAAAGCAGAAAACUGCCAAAACUAUAACUCCAGUACACGCGGAAGAUACGACGUCUGAACCAGAUCAAUUUCGAAGCAAAAAGCAGAUCGCCUAUCGCUUUAGAUUACAAUGGUCGACGUCGACCGGAGGAUGACCGGUCUCAACCCGGCUCAUAUCGCCGGCCUCCGCCGACUCUCUGCCCGUGCCGCGUCAGUUCCUACCACCGCCUCCUCCCUCCCUGCACGUAACGGCCUUCUGUCGUUCUCUUCUCUGGCUGAUAAAGUCAUAAGCCACCUCCGCAACUCUGGCAUACAGGUUCAACCUGGUCUUUCCGACUCGGAGUUCGCUCGAGCCGAGGCUGAGUUCGGCUUCGCAUUCCCGCCGGACCUUCGAGCCGUUCUCACCGCCGGCCUUCCCGUUGGCCCUGGAUUCCCCGACUGGCGCUCCGCUGGAGCUCGACUCCACCUUCGUGCCUCGCUGGAUUUACCAAUCGCUGCGAUUUGUUUUCAAAUUGCUAGGAAUACUUUCUGGUCCAAGUCCUGGGGUCCGAGGCCGUGUGAACCGGAAAAGGCAUUACGAGUCGCUAGGAAUGCGCUCAAGCGAGCUCCUCUUUUGAUUCCCAUCUUCAACCAUUGUUACAUUCCUUGUAAUCCUUCCCUAGCCGGGAAUCCUAUAUUCUUCGUGGACGAGAAUAGGAUCUUUUGUUGCGGUUUGGAUCUAUCGGAUUUCUUCGAUCGCGAGUCUCUUUUCCAGAGCUCCGAAUCCGAUCUUCUUUUGAAGAAGCAGAGAUCCGUUAGUGAGAAAUCCGCGGGUUCGUCGACUAACUUCUCGAGGAGAAGCUUAGACACAGGAAUCGUCGCAGGAGGGAGAACACCGAGGUGGGUCGAGUUCUGGAGCGAUGCCGCUGUUGAUCGGCGGCGUAGGAACUCGUCGUCGUCUUCGACUUCUUCGCCGGAGAGAUUUUUCGAGAUGCCUCGGUCCGUAAUACCGAAAUGGGUGGAAGAAUACAUAGAGCAAAUCGGGUCGGUCUUGAGAGAAGGGGGGUGGAGCGAGUCGGAUGUGUCCGAGAUCGUGGAGGUAACUGCGUCCGGGUUCUUCGAAGGAGAGAUGGUGAUGCUGGACAAUCAAGCGGUACUGGAUGCUCUGCUGCUAAAGGCGGAUCGGUUUUCGGACUCACUGCGUAAAGCCGGGUGGAGCUCCGAAGAGGUGUCGGACGCUUUAGGAUUCGACUUUCGACGGGAAAAGGAACGGAAACCGGUUAAGAAGUUAUCGCCUGAAUUGGUGGAGAGGAUUGGGAAACUGGCAGAGUCAGUUUCCGGUUCAUGAACAUUUCUAAUUUCAUUCUCUUUGUUCAGUGAAAAGCAAAAAAAAAAAAAAAAAUUGAAUUUUAAUUUUGGCAAAGGCGUUGGGGUUUGUAUUGUAAACAGCUAAUGAAGAAUUGGGAAAGGUGAACGGAAAAAGUUAUUGUAUUGUACGGUUACAGAACAAAGUGGAAUAUAGAUCAAAGGGUUCAUAAUUAAA